AUGAAUGGAGUUGUAGAUGGAGAGGAAGAUAAUCCAUUUCUAGAGAGUUCGGUCAACUUUGUCUCUACGCAAAUGCAGGGCAGACUUGAAGAGUUGCAUAGUGAAAGUUUGGUACAAGAUGCACAGAUGGCCAAACUAUCACAACUAGAGAGAUUUCGGCUGUUCAACACGUCGUUGACCUCUGGCGCGGACACCAAGCCCAAGUUGCGAAAGAAAACGGCGGUGCUCAAACCAAAUAAGAAGAAGUCAAUCAGCAUAACGAAUCUAAUGAAAGAGAAGUACUCCAAGGAAGCUCAUAGUCAAGAAAGUAAGGAUAAGCUAACCCAAUUUACUAUAUGUCUGUUUUAUUCUGGGAAAAAGGGUAAAGUCUCGGAAAUAAUAAAAAGAAUAGAAAGAGAAGAGGGUAAUGGUGACGGUAGGAUCAAACCUAGUGAAGGUAAUCCGAAGUCGGAUCUCCAAGAACUGGUGGAUAUCGAGCUUGAUGACAACGAUAAGCUAACCUACUCGAAGCGAGAAUGGAACUUAAUCUUAAAGAAGAUCAAGGUUAAAUUUCCAAAUCUUUCAAGCAAGACAAAAAGGAGUCUACAGAAUGCGAGUAGACAAAUCAACAGGCAGAUGUCGACGUUGCGCAGCGGUACUGAUACUGAGGAAGGGGGGAUGUGGUCUCAGCAGGCAGGAACUCCCACUCCAGAAGAGCUUGAUAUUGAAGAUAUACGAUGGUUGUACAAUUUAAGUGAUGAACAAGUAAGGCUAUUGGGCACAACGGGAGGAGGUGUUCACAGAAGUAGUUUUUCUGAAGAAAGCGGUAUAUUUGAGGAUGGACCUUUUGUAACGACCUUAUCUCAAGUGAUGGAACCUCUUCUGGAGAAAAAACUUUCAGCACCUAGGGAAGAUAAUAUAGCUGAAGAAACGGAUGAAGAUCACGAAAGUGAGGACGAGUAUACCGAGGCUGAAGAGGGUGAAGAAGAAGAUCAAGAAGAAAUUCCAAACUCGUCUCCAGAGUUCUCUCCGAUAAAAAUAAGGUCUGUAGACUCCUCUCCGAAAUUGGAAGUUCAAGAGUCUGUCUAUCAGAAGGAACCAAUAUCGUCACAUCAACGGGAAUCCUUGUUUUCCUGGAACACGCUUAGUCUCCCACUUCAAGAAACGCAGGAAAAACAAGUGGAAAUGGUUAAUACUUCUUCCUCCUCACCUUCCAAGCAUGUACGUGAACCAGAAGAAAUAUUUUCGUCUUCUGUCACACACACUCCUCAAAAGAUCAAGAAGGUUUUGGAGCCGUUGGUGGUAGAAGAGAUUGUAUCCUCGCCUGUAAGACCAGCUGAAGUGUUCAAGACUCCGGUGAAGAAGACAAAAUUACCGAUUAUUUCCAAUCCUGAUAGCUCUCCUACCAAAAGUGUAGGGCAAGCAGAUAUAGAUCAAUCAUCAGCACAGUUGCACCAAGAGCAAAUUGAUUCGCCCAUUGUUCCUCAACAGCAAACAUCGCUAUCUUCGUCUUCGGUGUACUCCACUGCUUUGGCAAAUUUUGCCAGAACGGAUACAUCACUUGCUAUACCUAAGAAGAGAUACCAUACGUCUAUAGUUGAAAUACUGGGCGAAAUUGAAUUGAUCGAGGAUAUACCUGAGAAUUCUGAUAACGUAAAGAUCAGAAAGAUUGGAACAAGAAUAGAACCACCAAUAGAUUCAGAAGAUGAAAUAGCCGAUUCAGAAGAAGAAAGUAAACCGAAUACAAGCAUUAGUAUUAUUGAAAUAUCCAGGGAGAUUAUCAACAAUGAGGAUUUACAAAAGGGGAAUACUUCAAUAAUGCAAGUGCCUUCGAGCCCCCGGAAUCAAUUUGGAGCAAUUUUGGAUAGUGAUUUCUUAAAGAGCGAUGAGCACGAAGUCAAAGAAGCAAGAGAAGGGAGAACAGAGGCAGAAGCAGAGGCGGUAAAAGAAGAAAUUGAUACAUUCUCCAAGAUGACUGCUACCCAACUAAAAGAGUCAUUUAUCAAAUUAGGAUUGAAGCCAGUCAAGGGCAAGGCGAAGAUGGUGCAAGUAUUGAAUGAAUUAAGUCAGCAUGUGGAUUUAAGCCAGAAAGAAGUUGAUGGUGAAGAUUUUCAAAAAAACAUCAAUAAUAAAAUCAACGAUAGAAUACAGGGUAAUGGGUAUUGGUAUGAGAAAGUUCUUAGCUUUGAGCCAAUAAUAUUAAGCGAUUUGCAAAACUGGCUAGAGGUGGAUGAGGGAAUUCUGUUGGAUACGGACAUCUUAGAAAGAUAUUGUGACAUCAUGGGUAUCACCACUAAAGUGAAGCCCUUGAAGCCCUUAGAAGGAAGGGGAAAUGUUAAACGUAGGAGGAGGAAAGUUGAUUAA